UAGUCUCCUCAUUUUUUGUACCUUUGUCCAAGAUUUCAGAUUCUUCUCUCUCAUUGUUACUCUCUUAAAUCCAACUCCCUCCAUUUCCUAUUCUUACAAUAUAAAUCAAGAAUCUUGAACAAUUCCUCAAAAUCUCUCUUUUAUUUUGGAUAAGUAAUUCCUUAAGUCUUUCUUGAGAAAGAAGAUCCAAACUUUAUGCCAUUUGCCAUGCUUUACUGGUGUCUUUAGUUAUAUAUCUUCAACUUAGAUUCUAAUAUUCCUGAAUAUCCAUCUGUAGUUCUUGUCCUUAUUCUAUAAAUCUUCUGUUUCUGUUCAUCAGUUCCUAUUUACUGGAUCUGCUUCCUCAAUCAGAAUAAAGAUAUAAAAUGGGUAUCUGUUUGAGCAAAACAAAACCAGCAGAAUCCAAGUCCAAUGGGCACCAUAGAUCAGGAGGAGGUAGUGGUGGACCCCAUCAAACUCAAAUUCAGUAUACAAAAUCUCCAGGUCCAGAAUCUCAAUUGCCUAUGAGACCAUCAGCAAGUCCAAAACCAGUUUUGAAGCAAGAAACCAUUUUGGGGAAACCAUUUGAGGAUGUUAAAGCACACUAUACAUUAGGAAAAGAAUUGGGUAGAGGUCAAUUUGGAGUUACAUUUCUUUGUACUGAAAUAGCAACUGGUCAUCAAUAUGCUUGCAAGUCAAUAUCAAAGAAGAAACUUGUUACAAAAUCUGAUAAGGAAGAUAUGAGGAGAGAGAUUCAGAUUAUGCAGCAUUUGAGUGGACAGCCAAAUAUUGUUGAAUUUAAAGGUGCUUACGAGGAUAAGAAUUCAGUGAGUCUUGUGAUGGAGUUGUGUGGUGGUGGAGAGCUAUUUGAUAGGAUUAUUGCUAAGGGUCAUUAUACUGAAAGAGCUGCUGCUUCAAUGUGUAGAGCUAUUGUUAAUGUUGUCCAUGUUUGCCAUUUUAUGGGUGUGAUGCACCGCGACCUUAAGCCCGAGAACUUUUUGUUGACAGAUAAGAGUGAAAAUGCUGCUUUGAAGGCAACUGAUUUUGGGCUGUCCAUGUUCAUUCAAGAAGGUAAGGUGUACAAGGAUAUAGUUGGGAGUGCUUACUAUGUUGCCCCUGAAGUCUUACGAAAGAAUUAUGGCAAGGAAAUAGAUGUUUGGAGUGCAGGUGUUAUGUUGUAUAUACUACUUAGUGGUGUGCCUCCCUUUUGGGCAGAAACGGAGAGGGGUAUAUUUGAUGCCAUAUUAAAAGAAGACAUUGACUUUGAAAGUCAACCUUGGCCCUCUAUAACAAGUAGUGCCAAGGACCUGGUCCGAAAGAUGCUCACCAAAGACCCAAAGAAACGCAUUUCUGCUGCUCAAGUUCUUGAGCAUCCUUGGCUCAAGGUAGGCGGAGUAGCAUCAGAUAAACCAUUAGACAAUGCUGUCCUCUCAAGAAUGAAGCAAUUCAGAGCAAUGAACAAACUCAAGAAACUUGCUUUGAAGGUCAUUGCUGAAAAUAUGUCAGCAGAAGAAAUUCAGGGGCUCAAAUCGAUGUUCCAUAAUAUUGACACUGAUAAUAGCGGCACUAUCACAUAUGAAGAACUGAAGAGUGGAUUGGCUCGACUUGGAUCAAAGCUCACCGAGGCUGAAGUUAAGCAAUUGAUGGAAGCUGCCGAUGUGGAUGGAAAUGGCUCUAUUGACUAUAUAGAGUUCAUCACUGCCACCAUGCAUAAACACAGACUAGAAAGAGAGGAAAAUCUAUACGAAGCAUUUCAGUAUUUUGAUAAAGAUGGCAGUGGGUUCAUAACAAGAGAUGAACUUGAAACGGCUAUGGAAGAGCAUGGAGUAGGCGAUGCAGCCAGUAUAAGGGAAAUAAUAUCUGAAGUAGACGCUGAUAACGAUGGAAGAAUCAAUUAUGAGGAAUUUUGUACAAUGAUGAGAAGUGGAGCUAAACAACCAGGUGGUGCCAUCAAGUGAAUACUUACAUACCGUUAACGAUGGUGGGAGGAAUUACACAGUCUGCCUGUUAGAGAGAAAAUGUGUUUGUGGGAGGUUCCAAAUUGAUGAAUUGCCACGCCCACAUGCUUGGGUUGUAUUGAAGAGCAAAUUUCUAAUGCCAGAAGAAUAUUGCUCUAACUAUUACAAACCAAGUACAGUUGUAAUGACAUACGAUGUGCCAGUGUACCCGCUACCGGAUAAAAAUGACUGGAAUAUACCAGAACAUGUUG